AUGGAGACGCUCGUCUCGCAGAACCCGUACCAGAAGCUGUACAACAAGAAUGUGCCCCAGAUCCGGCUGAUCGACCCUGAUGGGGAUAGCCAUGCUCAACCGCCCGACGCUCUGUCGACGCACCGCGGGCCGCUCAGCAAACAGAAAUCGAUCUCGUGCGAGGUGCUGCACGCGACGCCAGCCAUCGCCAUGGGGGAUGGCCAAGGAAGGCCGAACCUAAAGACGCCCGUCAGCCGGCAGACCGCCUACGUCAAUCUACCAAAAACGACGCCGAAACGCCCCGGGUCGGCAAAGAGUUACGGAAAUGAGGGCGACUCGUCCGGGGGCCCGUCACCGAUCUCGGCCCGAACGACGCCGAGGCCGAGCCACGAGAGUGAUUGUGAUGUGACGGAUAAUGAAACGCUCGAAGUCCGAUUCCGCGAGCCAGCCGAAUAUGAAGAGGCGGCCGGGCCAAGCGAGAUGUACGACGUGCUGAACGACUACCAGGCGGCCAACGACGACGAGCUGUCGCUCCGCCACGGAUCCGUUGUGCGGCUAGUGUCGAGAAAGACUGGCGAAAGCGAGUGGUUCGUCGGUGAAUACCACGGGAGGCGGGGCCUAUUUCCGGUCACCCACGUGCGAUUGCUUGGCGUGGAGGCCCCAAUUGUAAACAUGAAGCGCGAGGCGGUGAUGUUCCACCGCUUCUCGCACCCGAACGUCGUCAAGCUGCACGGCAUCUGCCUGGACACCGGCUUCGAAGGGAACACCCUGGCCCAGGUGCUGCAGAAGUUCUCCAGUGUGGCGAUGGGUGCCGGAGUGGUGGUCGGGUGGGGGGCGCAAAUCGCCUCUGCCAUGUCCCAUUUGGUCGAGCACGGCUGUGUGCAUCGAGAUCUGAAGGCCGAUAAUGUAUUGGUGAAGGAACCGGUGUGCAAGUGUAUCCUGAGAAGCCCCGCUUCAACGCCGACUGGGGAUCCGACCAAGUCCGGCCGCUGCUCGAUAUGCGAAGGACAAUCGAUGGCCGGCGGAACGGAGGCGUGGAUGGCCCCGGAGGCCUAUAUGCACCGCCAGUAUUCCGAGGCGUCUGACAUCUGGUCGUUCGGCAUCGUGCUGUGGGAGUUGCUGACACGAAAAGUCCCGUUUGAGGGAUACGAGUCGGUGUUCGUGGCGUACAGUGUAAGUCCU